AAAAUCACGCAGGUUGAACAUUCCGAGAAGGACGAGACAGAAAAUUCAAUGCCAAUUAAACAUUUAGUCAAGAUUGUAGUCUCUACAAUAACAAUCCUAUAAAAGUGAGACUGAAAAUUAAGAUAGGGUGUGAGGAGAAGAACAAGAUAAUGGGAAGCGAAGAUGUGAAGGUGCUGUGCUUUUGGGCGAGUCCAUUUUCCAUACGCGUUGAAUGGGCUCUGAAACUGAAGGGUGUUGAUUAUGAGUACAUAGAACAAGAUGUAUUCAACAAGAGCACCCUUCUUCUUGAGCUGAACCCCAUUCACAAGAAGGUUCCGGUUCUUGUUCAUGCCAGCAAACCAAUACUUGAGUCAUUUGUCAUCCUUGAAUACAUCGAUGAAACAUGGAAGCAGCAUCCAUUGAUGCCUCAGGAUCCUUAUCAAAGAGCUCAUGCUCGCUUUUGGGCUAAUUUUGCUGAAAAUAAGCUAUUAUAUGCUUCAUUCAUUGCCAUGGUCGCGACUGGGGAUGACACCGAAAAGGCUCUGAAUGUAGCAAGAGACUCUGUAGAAAAGAUAGAACAAGAGAUUAAGGGGAAGAAAUUCUUUGGAGGAGACAACAUCGGAUACCUUGACAUUGCACUUGGAUGGAUAUCUUACUGGAUCCCUGUUUAUGAGGAGGUUGGAUCAAUGCAGAUAUUAGAUCCUUUGAGAUUCCCAGCCAUCAACGCAUGGAUGACCAAUUUCCUCAACCACCCUGUGAUCAAGGACAGAUUGCCCCCUAGAGAUGACAUGGUUGCUUACUUCCACACUCGCAAGAAGAUUGUGUCUCCUACUUACCAUGACUUGAUGAAGUAUCUUUGAACCUCAUAUUUUUCAAGAGUAAUUCAUAUCUAUCUUUGAAUAAGAGCCUAUUUAUUUUAUUUCACUACAUACUAUAUUUUCUCUCGGGUAUUAGUGACUUCACUUGAGUUGUAUUGCCGUUACAAAUGUUAUGAAAUAAUGGUGGAAAACUAUUCUGGUUUUUGCAUGUAUA